AUGGACUUGGCCCAUCUAACGCGACCCGCGAUCCUGUGUCAGUGCUCGCGCUGUUCCAGCUCGCUGGCUGCGCUGGAGAACGAAUGGGCCCGACUCUCGAACUCAUACUCGAUUGCGACGGCAUGGCUGAGCGUCAACCUUCAUCGCAUCUCGGUCUCCUCCGAGCGCAAGCAGAUCCCACAAUCCUCUGAUAUGAAUCUCCUGCGCGGUCGCAUUAUUCAGGAAGUCUUCUGCAAGCUAUGUCAGCAGAAGCUUGGAGUGCUGUGCGCGCUAGAUAAUGGACCGAAUGUCUUCUGGAAGAUGGCCAAAGUCGCGUUUAGGGAAAUAGUUACCAUGCGAACGGUCGAACCGAUCUUCAACAACGAAUCUCUUAGCAAAUUGACCACCCCGAAAGAGCCUACACAUCGCGAUCGCAGUAGCAUUCAAGAGGACGCUUUAGUCCCUAGCGGACCCACCGACACGACUCGCGACACUUCCUUUUCUAUGCAACGGCAGAUGCAGCACCAGGGCCGAAGCAUCGAUCAAAUCUCGAGCUCGGUGAAUCAUCUACAGGACACGAUGAUGGAUUUGAAACACUCUUUCACCUCGCUGCGCAUCGAAAUGAACGGGCCCAAUAGCCAUAUCGGCGAGAAUGGCGCACAUAACUUCGACAUGAUCGCUACAGUGUUGAAAGAGCUUAAAUCCAAGUCGGAAGAGAUUGAGAAACUGAAGCUGGAAAUUGAGACGCUGAAGCUCAAGAACCGCUUCAUGGGAGGGAACCAGCAAAAUCCAACAGACACCUUAUCGGUCGUCAACGGCGCACUCCCAGUGGUUCGGAGUCCAGGCUUACUGCAAGCCGGCCGCAAACGUCCUUGGUCCGAGUCCUUCCCAAGUGAGCAUACCCAGCCGAUUGCCGACUCGUUUGAUGAGGAGGACGAUAUAUUGGACGAUGUUUCGCUGGCAGACCUGCCCAUUCACUGUAGUCGUGUUCCGCUCAAGGAUCCGCACCAUGUCAAUGGCCACCAAGAGCAACCCGGUGUUGCGUCUCCAAGGCGCCAAAUAGAAGUUGGCCGGCCGUCCGACCUCCCAUCUGUCACGGCCGUGAAUGAGCAAAGCGCGGCAAAGCGUCCACGACUUACCCAGUCCAACAAUGAAUCGUCUCAGCCAAACCCACCGCAAAAAAGGCCAGUCGGUCGACCAAGGAAAUCUUUCAACCAGUCAACAAAGCCGGAGAUCCCGCGCGCAUCGAAUGAAUCUGUAUCCGCCGACCUGACCGAAGCUAUCGAGCCGGUGCAACCCCAAUCCAACCCUGCCCCUCGAGGAAGAGGCCGCCCCCGACGCAGCACAACCUCAGGAUCCCGACCUGCCUCACCUUUGGCCCGGCAUAACGAACGAUACAACGCGGAAGGAAAGGACCAGACGGGACGAGAAACCUCACAGACGGCACAUGGCGGGGAAAUCAAUCAUCAAAAUGGCAAAGCCCCGGGUGAGGAGCAGGAGAAAGGCGGGGAUAGUCCCCAAGACACUCCAGCCGAAGCUGCAAUGCACGAAAAGCGUAAGGCCAAGGUCGCGGCGCGGGACGUCAUGACCCGAAUGGCCAUGCAGCACGAAGAGAUGAUGGAGACGGAGGGGGCACGAUAA